AUAGCAGGACACAAGCAUCGACCACCAGUAGCGAACACGGCUCAUUUAAAGCCUGCAAUUUCUGUAUAUUAUACAUUUGUUUACCGUUAUCAAUCAAUAAAUUAAACGUGUGAGGAAUAAUCAUUAUGUGCAGUUUCAGAAGCGCUUAGACCAAUGGAAUCCGAGAACGUUUAGUCAACUUUUGUGCGCAGUAAAGUAUAGGCUUACCUAACCGAAAUUCAUUGAAUUUGCUAGCUUGUUUUAAUUAUACAACUUGAGCGCGUGUGUUGAAAACUGAAGUUUGAAUCUAUCAAUUUUUUUCUUAUCCGGAAAAUAGAAACAGCAUUAAAGAUUUGGAAACUUAAGUAUCUCCAAGAAAUUUCUUAACUAAGAAAAUUUGGAAACUUCUGAGACCCAGUUCUUUCGUUGGUCAUAAGGAUUCAACAACUUUUGAGAGUUCGAUGUUCUUACAGAGUCGGUUUGUAAUAAGAUUAAGUCAGUUUACGCAGACAAGAUGUCGGGGCAUAUGUUGAUGGUACUGCUCGCGUAUGGAAUGCAGCUGACAUGCCUCUUUCGUGGCGUCUAUGGAACAGCAACAAACUUCACUAACUCAAAGCUUCUCGUCAUCGUUCUGGACGGGUUGCGAUGGGAUGCAGUGAACACGACACGCGCGCAACCGUGUCCGCCAGAGGGCGCCUGUGUGGUGGGCCAAUACUUCACGGCGGUGCAGGAGGAGGGAGCCACCGCUGCAUGGAUGGCUCCAGUUUUCCCCACCACCGCCGCCCCCAACAUCUUCACCAUGGCGACGGGAGAGCUGCCUGUGGACCACGGAGUGCUGGGGGAGCUCGAGAGCGGAGGAGAGUGGAAUUUAAGCUCGGCCGCCACUCCGUUGUGGGGGAGCGCGGCGCAGCUCGGUCUAAAAACUGCGCUGCUCCGCUGGCUCGAUUGCUCAGCGCUACAUGAACAGGACGACCUGGUGAGCUGCGUGGACCGAGUGCAGGUCGCUGGUGUGGACAACCUGCUGGUGCAGGUCGUCGGUGACGCUGCACUCGCUGCUGAUAGCAUCAUCAACCAGGGAUACUCCGUAGUGCUGAUGAGGAGCGAAGCUUUAAUGUGGACGGCGCUUCACUACGGACUGGGCAGUGGAGAAGCGAAGACAAUGUUCCGGGAGGUCGAGCUCGUCUUGGACGAUCUCUUUAGGGAGCUCAAAGCGGCUGCUAUUUGGGACGAGUUGAGCGUUGUAUUGACGAGCGGAAGCGGGCUUACCUCCGUACGGCCCGUUGCGACCAAAGGAUCAGACUUGGGCGCAUGCUUGGCUACUGAUCCGUCUGCACCGCGCAUGCGCUAUGCCAGCGCCGGCUCAGUCCUGCUAAUGCCAGGUGGCGGAGGUACGGCUGAUCAGGUGAUACAAAAGCUGCAAAACUGUUCUUCAAUCCCCAACGGCGCUCUGAGGAUCUACAAGAUGUCUGACUUGGCCAAGGAAGAUCAAUGGCCGGGAGAGCCCGAAGAAAUUCUUAUCAUCGCUAACCCAGGCUUUUCUUUAGAAUGGAACACACGUGACCACCGGACAGCUCACGAAAUGGAAGAAACACUUUCUGGAGCUGGCGUUGGAAGAGGUCAUCUUGCAGGCAAUGGUUUCAGUGCUUUAGAUUGGGACAUGAAAGGCAUCUUCAUGGUUAAAGGACCCGGCAUCCAGCACGGGGUGACGGGUCCCAGCGUAUCAAGCCACGACGUGCACUCCGUGCUGCAACACCUGAUGAAGGUGCCGGUGCAGGAGUCUAGGUGGCAAGAAGUCAGCUGGAUUGCCGUACCCUCCUCUACAAGUUCCAAAAAUUUAUCACUUACUGUGAUGUUACUGUCAUUUUUUAUGAUCUGUAUUGAUUAAAUUUUGUGCUUAACGAAU